AUGAACUCACUCUGGAUAAUCCUCCUCCUACUGGUGCAAGUAAAGACAGAGGGUGGUAGAUAUUUCGCUAUGGCUCUUACCAGCACACAAAUGCAUGACGAGGUGGAAGGCAAUCCCACUCCUGGAAUGCCUAUGUCUCAAGAACAACUACAGGAGAUGGUGUGGUUUUUCCGGAGAGGAGAUUCAUCCACGUGGAAUUACUCCAUUCUAGUCCUGUCCUUUGUGGUUCUGUUUCUGGGCCUCCUCCUUCUGGGAAUAAAUAUCAUGGCAAACAGAACUAGAAAGAUUAUCCUUGUGUAUGAACAAGCUGCCAAAACUGCCAAACCAGCUGAGCCAGAAGCCAAGCCACCCUUUGUGGAUUUGAAGGAAGAUGAUAACUUGAAUCCUUUAAUGCAAGAUUUGCUGCCGAAAGGACAAAGACCAGGGGAGGUUUUGGUUCAGUGGAAGGAUGGCAACGUGACAGCCCUGUAUGCAGACAAGCCAGAGGAGGACAUGUAACAGUGAGCGCAAUCUGAGUCUAGACCCCAGACAAAUAUUUCACCAAGUGUCAUGUAUCUAAAUUCAUGCUGACUGGAGCUUGGGAAGUUAAGCACAGUUUAUCAAAGGGAAUAAAAAGAAAUGGCAGAGGAGAUUCCUCAGCAUGAGCCGCUCUUGACUCAUAUAAUCUGGUCUCGUCUCACCUGCUUUGAUGCCAAUAUGGCCUGAUCCUUACCUGCUGCUGUCGUUUGGUUCCAAGGCUACUCCUACAUGCCAGCUUUGCCCACCCUCUCUUAUCUGUUAUUCGCUUCCACUGCAAAACAAUUAUAUGAGCCAAACCAGACAAGGAAGGGGGGAGGAUUUUAC